UAUAACAUAACAGGAUUCAAAUUUCAACUGGCAGAAGGCACCCAGUUGGCGAAUUACAAGGGUGGCCAAGGAUUUGCACUAGGGAAGACCGAGAACAAAUCCAGCAAGUGGCCAGAGCAAUACUCGAACCCCGGGCUGCUGGAUCUCAAGUCUGACACAUUGACCACUCGGCCAGGCUGCCUCCUGAUAGGGGUAAAAGGAUGAAGGCCAUGCAAGAAUGGAGGAAAAAUAAACCACACUGUAGCUUGCCAUUUCUGCCUGCACUAGCUGCAUUCAGAGAUUCUAACCCUCUUGAUUUGAUUUGUUGUCUCCUACUCUCCCGAUUUUUAUCAGAUUCUACCUAUUUAUCAUUAACCUCUGAAAACAAGGGGAAAAAUUGCUUAUCUUAAGUAUUUUUUUUGUGAUCUAAGUGUAAAAUGUUGCGUAUUACUCUUUCCUUUCCUAUAAUGUCUUGUCCAGUCUCUCCAUUGAACACUGCAUUUUCUGCAGACUCAUAAGGCCAGCAGUCUAUACAGAAGGUUUAGAGUGUCUGUGAAAAAAGUACUGAGCAUAACAGAGCCCAUGCCAGUGUUGUCUUCCACUGAAUGCAAUCACAUUUUUGUCUGCCUCAUGCACAUUACGUUUAUAAUGAUUUUCAAGUGGCCAUGGUGUAAAAGCAGUAAAAGAAAUAUCUCUGUUUCUGAACAUUGGUUUAACAACAGCAAAGAAAAGCCCAAAGACAUCUGUGAUAAUAAUAAAGACCUUACAGAAUACCACAAAAAUGAUGUGAAAAUGAAGGAACUGCCACUUGAGAGAAACUAAUUUAAAAUUUCAUGGUUUCUUGGGGGGACCAUACCCCCAGACCUCACUAGAGGCUUGCACCUUAGGAACUUCUGUGAGUGCCUUUGGCGCUAAAAAAUACUCCUAAUUUUCCUUCAAAAGGGGUUGCAAUCUCUGUACAUGUAAGCUUAAUUAGGCACGUGACUUUAAAAAAAAUUCAAAUUAUAACAAAAGACAUUUUCUUUGUCCACCCCUCCCUGGCUGACCCCUCUUCAUCCAAGCCAUUCUGACAGCAGCUGAGUUAACAUUCUUAUCUAAGCCACUACUAUGUAGUUUCCUUUACUCUAAAAUUGCACUGUAAGCUUAUGUUAAACCGUCACAUCUUACCUGUACUAUGAUCAAAACUCUCCAUGGACGUGCAAGAUCAGUGCUUUGUCACUAAGGACGUAAGCCUUCCUGUUCCAAAGAAAGUACUUUCUUUUUAUCUCAUUUAAAUGAUCCAGAAAAUAAUAGGUCAGUGAGGUAAAAGACCAAGCUGCGUUCUGGCAGAAUCCGUGCUUUCAUUUGAAGUUAGUUGGGCAAGGGCGCCAUCAUAAGGCGCCAUCUUGGUUUCCCCUGGUCCCCAAGCUCCACUCGGUAAAAACUUAGGGAGAUUUGCAGAAACAAUGAGUCUAGGUUACCAUUGUUUCAAGUGUUGGAAUAGGCCACUGCAAAAAAAUACCAUAAUAUUGUCAAAAUUGUCCAUUAGGUAGUACUUACUCUUCAAACUAACAACUGCCAGCAACUAAUUAAGCAUCUAAUCUGUUGAUCCAUUACACUUCAGACUUACGACUGCAACCAAACAAAAAAAAACAUUAAAACAACUGAGAUUACAAUUACAAAGAGAUUAAAAUAGAGGGGGGUAGUUGAAGAAUGGAAUAAGGGAAAUGACUGGUCAGGUAAAGUCCUGAAUUUCGCCACAAUAGUACAAGUCAUGUUAAAGGGUGAAAUCUCCUGGCCAAACCAACACUAAAAGCUGGUGUAUACAGUUUGUACAAGAAGUCUAAAUAGAAGUUUAAGAGACUUGUUGGGUCUUUAGAUCUGUUUAGAAAGUAUAGUUAUUAUAUAACUGGCUCUCUGCAUGUACUGUAGACAGAAAGCCUUGUUGAUGCUAUAAAUAGCAAACAAUCCUUGGAGUUGAGGAUUGGAGAAAUUUAAAAGACUUGCAUGUAGCAAGGUUUUGUCAAACACUGUCUAAAAUCUGUUUUAAUAACUGGGCCUUAGAAGUAACUGGGGAGUUGGUCCGUUCUUUCUAACAUUCACAAAUGGUUAGACGUUCUAGUCAAUCUCAGAUGAAGAUAAAAACUGUAGGCCCCAGGCAGUAACAAGGACUUCAACUAAACUGACUCUUUUUUAGCAAAAAAAGAGCAAUUCACUGGCAGACUAGAUACCUUGGCCUCCAGCAGUGACCAGCCCUGGUCCCAGUUGUUAAAAAGGUGGAUAGUGCUAUCCACUCGAUAACUUUCUAUCCACUGGUUCUAAUGGUUUCCCUAACAUUUAUCCACUGGAUAGCAAUUUAUCCGCUGGGUAGUGGUAGUGCCAUCCAAUGUUUGAACAACUGGGGCCUGGUGUUUAUCUUUCCACAACUAAGAAAUGGGUACGAAGGGGAGAGCACCUCACCUGACACCUAAGAAUCUUAACCCCCAUUUUCAUUUCCAUUGGGCAGGUCUGUGCCCAGAAAAACUAGCAAAUAAAGGAAGAAGGAGAGAGGAAGGGGAGCCAUCAGAAGGAAAAAAAUUACAUUAUGUGGUUCCAAAAUUUUCCUUCCCUCCCCCAUGCAAGGGAUUUUUCCUUAGACUCCCCACCUCUCUGGAAAUUCCAGUCAAGCUUCACACAUUUACUUAAAAUUUUUGGGCCUUUAAGAAUCCCCCACCCCCAGGAAUUUCCAGUCCUUCUGUGGGGGAAGAAUGGAUAUUUUCUGGAACUACACAUUGUGGUCACUAAAAAAAGGUUUAAAAAGGGUUUAAUCCUUUAAGUCCCGAGAGUGACCAUCAUUAAUUUUCUAUUAUUAGUACACUGUACAUACAUGUAAUCAGGACACUGGGUUACAAAAAUUAAUAAAAUCAUCACUUAAGUGAAAAUGCUAUGAUCUUAAAUCAAAUUCUCUCAACAAAUUUUUCAAGGAAAUGUAUAGAGCUCAGUGUGGAGAAUUUUAAUGUCGAUAAUAUUGGGGCUUAAAGGGUUAAAGGCUUGUUUAUAGUGGAAACUGCACCUAGCUUAUCCAGCUAGUUUACAGGCCAACUCUUCUCAAAUACUUAGAAACAAAUCAUUCAAAAUAUAACAUAACAGGAUUCAAAAUUUCAACCGGCAGGAGGUACCCAGUUGGCAAUUUACAAGGGUGGCCGAGGAUUUGUACUAGCGAUGACCAAGAACAAAUCCAGCAAGUGGCCAGAGCAAUACUCAAACCCGGUGCUGCCGGAUCUCGAGUCUGACGCGCUGACCACUCGGCCAGGCUGCCUCCUGAUAGGGGUAAAAGAAUGAAGGGCAUGCAAAAAAAGAGGAAAAAUAAACACACUGUAGCAAUGCCAUUUCUGCCUGCACUAGCUGCAUUUAGAGAUUCCAACCCUCUUGAUUUGAUUUGUUGGCUCCUGCUCUCCCGAUUUUUAUCAGAUUCUAUCUAUUUACCAUUAACCUCUGAAAACAAGGGAAAAAAUUGCUUAUCUUAACCAUUGUUUUUGCGAUCUAAGUGCAAAAUGUUGCAUAUUACAAUUUUCUUUCCUAUAAUGUCUCGUCCAGUCUCUCCAUUGAACACUGCGUUUUCUGCGGACUCAUAAGGCCAGCAGUCUAUACAGAAGGUUUAGAGUGUCUGCGAAAAAAGUACUGAGUAUAACAGAGCCCAUGCCAGUGUUGCCUUCCACUGAAUGCAAUUACAUUUUUGUCUGCCUCGUGUACAUUACGUUUAUAAUGAUUGUCAAGUGGCCAUGGAGUAAAAGCAGUAAAAGAAAUCUCUCUGUUUCUGAACAUUGGUUUAACAACAGCAAAGAAAAGCCCAAAGACAUCUGUGAUAAUAAUAAAGACCCAACAGAAUACCACAAAAAUUAUGUGGAAAUGAAGGAACUGCCACUUGAGAGAAACUAAUUUAAAAUUUCAUGGUUUCUUGGGGGGACCAUACCCCAAGACCUCACUAGAGGCUUGCACCUUAGGAACUUCUGUGAGUGCCUUUGGCGCUAAAAAAUACUCCCAAUUUUCCUUCAAGAGGGGUUGCAAUCUCUGUACAUGUAAGCUUAAUUGGGCACGUGACUUAAAAAAAAAUUUAAAUUAUAACAAAAGACAUUUUCUUUGUCCACCCCUCCCUGGCUGACCCCUCUUCAUCCAAGCCAUUCUGACAGUAGCUGAGUUAACAUUCUUAUCUAAGCCACUACUAUGUAGUUUCCUUUGCUCUAAAAUUGCACUGUAAGCUUAAACCGUCAUAUCUUACCUGUACAGCUAUGAUCAAAACUCUCCAUGGACGUGCAAGAUCAGUGGUUUGUCACUAAGGACGUAAGCCUUCUUGUUCCAAAGAAAGUUCUUUCUUUUUAUCUCAUUUAAAUGAUCCAGAAGCUAAUAGGUCACUGAGCAUUUUCUGGUUCGACGCAAGACCGUCUUAGGCACGAAAGUAAACUUCAAUCAACCCGUUCCCGCGGUAGUAUUCCGCGGUAGAACCAAAGGGGACCAGGGGUUCGAGGUGAGCCAUUUUUGAAUCCCUCUAGUUGGGGGAGGGGUGAGGUUUACCAAGAAAGAGGCCCUGCCAGGGUAAAUUCCGACAAGCGACAUGGCCCAAAAAGUAGCGACAGCGCGUAAAAUGAAAUCGCGACAAGAGAUAACCUCCCUCGGCCAAAUUGCGUCAGUGACCGCAAAGCCGACAAUAAGCGACAAGCAUUUAUAAACACCGACGCGACGUUUUAAAAGUCAGACGGGCGACAUGGGACCCCCCCUGGCAGGGCCUCAAGAAAAAGCGAUCAGUUUUAGAGACAUGCAAAAGCCUCCUUUUCAGGCGACUAACCGAAUUUAAAUGUUCUAUUUUUUUUUUCCGCAUCCCAUAUAGCGAUGUUGCUACACAGGCACCCCAUGCCCAAACGCGUGGUAGAAUCUAUGGAAAACCCAUGCAUUUCAUGUUGAAAAAUUGCUUACUUAACGAUUUAUAGGUCUCAUAUUGGAAAGUGCGCAAACCUUCAUUAGUUCUUUUAUAUAAUCAAUGGAUAAGACAGGAUCAUCGCAAACCAACCUUAAUGGUUGGAAAAACAACACAAGAACAAAACAUAGCAAAAUACAGCAACACCAAACGCAAACGCGCAACAUUCAACAGAAAAAACAGGAGGAUAUAGUACCACUAUAGAAUAGGGUGUUGUCCCUGUGCCUAGCUACUAACGAAAGGUGUACAUUUUAUAAUUCCGUGCGCGAUGUAGGCCAGGCAAACCUUUUUUUAUAUAUCCUUUUAAAUAAAGGAUAUAAUAUUUGUAAAUUGGUUAAAUAAAAUUAAUGAUUUUGAGUUGGGGGACAGCAAAUGGUUCAUCCAGUAAGUGUCAUUUUUUUUUUUAGUUAACCGUUAGUUAACCGUAUAGUCUAAGACUGAUCCGUUUGCUUUGUUUUUCUCUUUUUUAUUGUUCGUCUCCUCAUCUAAUCCGAAAGUUCUAGGCUCCAGGAAGCCUGGCAUCUUUUUUUCUGGCUAGCCCUCAGCUGAAACCUAAUCCAUUACAUAUUCCUUAUUCUCACUGUUUCCAUGUAAUGUUUCAAGCAGAGACUCAGUCCAGUGUCAGUCGACUAGCCUUGAUUCUGUCUCACUAAGUGCAUGCGACUAUCGCACUCGACCAGUAUACUUCAUGACUUUUUCGACUAUCCACACGCGCACAAUUCUCGCUUACGACGUCCUCAUGUGUCGUAAGGAUGUCGUGGGUCUAAUUUACACGGAACGAUCUGAAGUGAAGUCAUGACGUAUGCCAGUCGCGCACGAUAGUCGUAUUGGUAAUGGUAACAGGACUGAGUGGAGUCUAAUAGACCUUUUUACCGAUACGGCGGCCAUUUUGAAUUAAUUCGAUUUAAGGGGUAUUAUAGGAUGCCCAGUGGGCAUGAGCACAUUUCGUUUGUAUUUUCGAACGCUUUUCGCGACAUUUUUUCUUAAAGUUUUCUUAGAAUAAGAUUCUAAUGGGAAAAAAGAUCCUUGUGCCGUGUUUGGAUGAAAUAAUGAUCGCCUUUUUCCAGAGAAAUAAACAGUGAAAGUCCAUAUUUCUAAUACUAAACUAGAAAAAGGUGAUGAUUAUUACAUCCAAACACGGCACAUGGAUCACCCAAAAACAUUCCUAAUGAAGAGGGGGGUCACUAAAUACUGCGCGAGCUAACAGUUUGAAUUUACCUGUUUAUUAUUGUAUUUUAAUCGGUAACACCAUGCAUGGUGAAAAAUUUUACUGUAUUAUAAAAGUAUAACUAUACAAGUUUAUUUAAAACAAAACAAUGCUAAUAGUAUUCUAAUCUUAUACACUAAUCGUACCUCACGAUCAGCUCAAAAAAAAUUACAAUAUGUAUGACGCAUAUUAUCACAAGAAGUCUUAUGUCUUUAUGGAAUGAUUUCCUUUUAGUGUCACGUAUAUAUAUUUUUUUAUUUAUUCUAUGAACCAAGAUGACUGCCUCUACAAUGAUUAAAUGAACAAUGUGAGUUUCAUUUUUAAAUGAUUUAUAAGAUCCCGAAAAAACCCCCUAUCUACCAUAGGAAGAUGUUGAGGAGUGGCAGUUUCCCAGAAUUCUUUACUGAUCUCUUAAAAAGACAUAGGGACAAAGACAGGAAAGAAGAAGAAUUAUUAUAUGUUACUAAGCUGCCUAGACUGUUCUAAACGCCUGGAACCGACAAGCAACCAGAGAGGAAAGUAGACUAUGGCUGAUUUAGCAACAGAACGGGAAAGUCAGUUGACGACGACGCGCGUAAAUUAAACAACUGGCUUAACCAGGCGUUCAGAACUGUCUAGGCAGCUUAAUAAAUGUAACAUACAAUAAUUUGUCUCUUUAUAUACAAAAAGGAUAAGUAUUUUCUCUAACCUUUAAGUAUCCUUGUUUUGAAUACCACUUUAAAAAACUGAUUUGGUGGGAAAUCAUGCCACAUAUGAAAAAAAAAGCUACGAAGCGGAAAGGUACCUCUUGUGGUCUUGUAAACAGUUGGAAAGAGCAGUCAUCUUUCGUAUUGAUGAGGCACACAAAAACAAACUAGACAAACAAGAUCUUUUGCCCCCCUUUUAA